UCUGUGCUCUUCCAGUAUGUUCAGAAUCAGCAAACCGUAGGAGCUAGCAAGGAGCUCCAGAAAGAACUUCAAGAACAGAUGUCCCGUGGUGAUCCAUUUAAGGAUAUCAUUUUAUAUGUCAAAGAGGAGAUAAAAAACAACAACAUCCCAGAACCAGUUGUCAUUGGGAUAGUCUGGUCAAGUGUGAUGAGCACCGUGGAGUGGAACAAAACAGAGGAGCUUGUAGCAGAGCAAGCCAUCAAGCACUUGCAGCAAUACAGCCCUCUACUUGCUGCCAUUACUACUCAAGGUCAAUCUGAGCUGACUCUGUUGCUGAAGGUUCAGGAGUAUUGCUAUGACAACAUUCAUUUCAUGAAAGCCUUCCAGAAAAUAGUAGUGCUUUUUUAUAAAGCUGAAGUCCUGGGUGAAGAGCCCAUUCUGAAGUGGUAUAAAGACGCAUACAUUGCCAAGGGGAAAAGUGUCUUCCUCGAGCAAAUGAAAAAGUUCGUAGAAUAGCUCAAAAAUGCUGAAUAAGAAUCUGAGUCUGAAGCUGAAGAAGGUGACUGA